AAAGACAGAUACAGAUACAGAUACAGAGCCAACUACAGAUGCUCGCUGGCUGCUGGGAAGAGUAGCUUCAGUUGCGUGCCUCCAUUCCCCCAGAGCAAACCGUUCCCGCCGGAAGAAAGUAAGAAAAGCUCGAAAUGCGCAGUGGGCUAACGCUUUGUCCCCUGCUGCUGGUGGUGGUGGUGCUUCUAGUGGGUCACCUAGUGGCUCCCGUGGCGCCGGCUAACCUACUGACCAGCUAUCUGCCCGCCUCCAUGCAGGCCCUGGCCUACUACAUAGACCUGCUGCAGUACGAACCACUCUCCACGACGACAGUGGAGCCGCCAUUCAGCGCGGAUGACGGAGGAGUGGAGUCCACAACAGCCAGUGCGAAACCAUCCACUCCGUUGCCCACAAGGAGCAGGACCACUACCACGAGGAGACCGAGUGGAAUCGGAGGCUUGGGGUCGGUGUGGUGGCAACCGCCUAGCUGGUGGGAAACGCCCCAGAGGACUUCCACCACCGAGAGACCCACAUCGCCACCCACUCUGCCGCAUCGUCCAGGAAUUUUUGCACCAGCUUCGCAAACGGAAAAGGCCCUCGAAGGUCACACUCUCUUCGAGGAAAUCGGAGAUGGUUUGGACUUUGACAAGCUGCCUUUGUCUUUGAUCCGUGAUAUUCAGACCGAACGCGACGACUUUACCAACGAUGUGGAAUCGCUGGAUAACUUUUUGCGCCUGUACGACGAUAAUUAUGGAAGGGCUGCCUUUGACUUUGAGUCCGCCAUGGAUCGGUGGAGUAGCUCCUCGAUAGCGGGCAAAAAGCGGGUUCCGCCCACCAAGCCCUAUGUGGAUUUCCUGCUGGUCUACGAUCUCCUGAAGCGCGACGCCAAGGCGGCGAAUCUCAGCAAGUACGAGGGAUAUUCCGAGGACCUGCUGCAGCAGCUGCACGAGUUGUCCCAGGCCUCUUCGGCCAGGCAAUUGCAUACCCUUUUCCAAAGGAUGCUGGACCGCGGCGACAUUCAGCGGAGUGACGUGGUGGCCCGCGUCCAGGGAAUCGUCAAAGAUCUGGGGAAUCCCAAAAGCGCCACCUCCAAGGCCUUGGCUUUCAUUCCCAGCAUGCAGUUUCUACCUUAAGCUCCUAGAUAAGUCGCAAUAAAGUCGAGGGACCAUUUGACC